GAUGUAUCUAGUCAACAAACGUGUCUAGAUAUAUUUGUAUGUAGAUAAAGUUGAGUUAAUUAAUUCGAAUCGGAAGGAGUAUUAAAAUCCUUAAUUAUAUUUUCUGCCCGUCUUCAUCCAUGUUUUUCAUUUUAGGUAGCAAAUUGGUGAGAAGCAAAAAUAAAAAGAUAAAUGAUUCUGCACCUUUUGACUUCUAUCCCCCAGGUGAAUCUUUAAUGUAUGCUAAGUUGCUACAUGUGAAUUAAUAGUCUAGUUAUGUCACCAUAUAUUAUGUAAUGGUAGGUACUUUUCUUUGUUUUUUCCUAAUUUCUGCCAGCAAGGGAGGAUUUAUCUAUUUCUACGUAUGUUCCUAAUAUUUGUGUACUAAUCACUUCACCUUGUUUUCCUAGAAUUUGUUCAAGUUGUACGGGAGGAUCUUUUCUCAUGUGGUUAUUCCUUGCCAACCAAAGUAGUCUGUGAGUCGCUCUUCCGAUUAUGUUUGCUCUUCCACCAUUUUUGCACUUUUUCACAGCUUUAUUUUAUCUCUAACUAUUGUAUUGUAACUUCUUUGUUCAACCAGCUGGAAUGAAAUUGAUCAAUUCUUUUGAUACGAAAUUUCCCAGCUUGUAUGGUGCCAAAAGAAAUGUCCAAAAUGACCACAUUGAAAAAGUUUCUUCAAUUUUGUCUGGGUGUGUUGUCUCAGUUGCUUCCUUCAAUGGAGAAACAAGGUUAUCUGUAUGCACCGGCAUAGCUAUAGAGUGCAAUCUAUACACGAGUAUUCUGACAUCAGCAAGCCUGGUCAGAUCUUCUGAUGAUGAAAAUAAGAUUGAUGAUAACUUGAGGAUUGAAGUGCACCUUCCAAACAAACAACGUGCCAUGGGAAAGCUGCAGCAUUAUAGUUUAGAUUACAAUAUUGCUGUAGUCAACGUGCAGAACUCCCUUGAUCUUAAGGCAGCAUAUAUUAAUCAUCAAAUUCAAUUUGAGAGCCAUUGUAACGUGAUAGCAGUAGGGCGUCUCUUCAAGAGUGGCAAAUUUAUUGCUACGUGUGGAAGAUUGACUGAUGAACCGAGCAAGUUGGACUGCAAGGAGCUCUCGACCUCCAAUUGUAAAAUCAGUAAGGUUGGGAUCGGAGGGCCUCUUGUUGAUUCUGAUGGGUAUUUCGUCGGUAUGAACUUUUAUGACGAGGAAGUAACUCCAUUCCUACCUAGGGACAUAAUUCUUGAAUGCCUCAGGAAUUUUGAGACAAGGUAUGUCUGCAACUUUUGGAUGCGUUGUAUAGCAGUUAUCUUGGAUGUUAAAACUAUUCCUCGGUGUGUAUUUGUAGCACCAUUUCUGCAGAAAAUACCGACCGUACUCCAAACAGGUGUCCUUUCCAGCACUUCUCGUAACUAUCUGUGCCGUACUUUCUUGCAUGAAUUCACUUUUUUCUAACUUUUCUUAAGUCAC